AUGUCACAACAUCAAGAUACACCUGCUUCUAAAAAUACUAAGUCUACUCAAAAGGUUAGUGCUCCUCCCAUGGGCAUUCUAGUUGAUGAGAUUCUGGAUGUUGUUCCUCUCUCUGUUAUUCCCUGCGAGGCAAUUGAUUUGAACCAACCCAUUGACGCCUCAACUUCUGCAUGCUCCAAUCAAGGUAACUCCUCUAGUAUUCCUUCUGGUUCAACUCCUGCCACUAAUUUUAAGGAAGAUAUACACCACACUGAUCGUGUUAUAAGAGACUUAGUCACUAGAAUCCUUAAUAAAGGACACUCUGUGAAGGGAGUUUCCACUCCCCUUUCUCAAAUGUACCCCUCUCCUGAGAUUGAACAACAUAGUGGUAAGGAUAACGAUUCCUCCAGUUCUGAGAAGGACUUGGCUGCUGAAGGGUUAUGCUCUCUAGGGCAAACCGUGUCUGAAAAAGGAAAACCUGUGGCAUCUAAAACUGCCAAUGCUUCCCACUCUGAGAAGCAUGAUUAUGCAAAUGUUGUGAUUGAUCUAGAGGAUGGUAGCUCUGAUGAUCAAGAGGAAAGCUUACUUCAUCACCUAAAGCCAAGUGUGGCUAAACGCAUGAAGACUCACAAAGGAAGAUCUGUGGCUGAACUUAUGUCAGCUAGAAAAGCUAAGAAGACUGCUGAUGUCCCUGACAUCUCGCCUGAGAAGAAAACCACUGUUAGGAAGUCUCCUGGAAAAGUCCCUGCUGUUCAUUUGGAUAACUUCUCCUUCCAUCUUGAGGAUGGAGCUUCGAAGUGGAAAUUUGUGAUCCAGAGAAGGGUAGCUGUGGAAAGGGAGUUGGGAAAAGAUGUUGUUGAUGUCAAGGAGGUCAUGGACCUGAUAAAAGUUGUUGGGCUGUUGAAGAUUGUUGUUGGGUUCUCUCAAUGCUAUGAAGGUUUAGUGAAGGAGUUUAUUGUUAACAUUCCUGAGGACAUUUAUGAUAAGAAUAGCAAGGAAUUAUGCAAGGUGUAUGUGAGGGGCAGAGAUAAUGAGGGUGCAGGAGAACUAGAAGUUACAGACAAUCAGGUUUGUAGGGAGAUCACAGCUAGGCAGGUGAACGUUUGGCCUGUUAAAAAGCAUCUUCCUGUUGGGAAGUUGACUGUCAAGUAUGCUAUCUUGCACAAAAUAGGAGCUGCAAAUUAG